UUUCAGAAAGUUUGGGAAUUAAAACAAACCGCUCCACCUUAACAGUACAGAAAAACCGGUCUUCCUUAAGCAAACAAACCCAAGAAGGCUCGUUCUUCCUUAUAAGGUGACGAACCACACGCUGAUUGGCGUUCCAAGGGCGCUAUGUUAAUGAAGGGGCGAGGUCUUGUGAAAUGAGUAGGUGACGUCAACUCUCAUUCCGCAGAGAGUGAAACAAACAUGGCGACAGAAUGCAGUUGGAAAGGGUACACGCUAACUUUAAUGCUGUUCUUUUGGAGUAGAGUCUGUGCGAAUAGAGCGGAAUCCUGGGGGAGCGACAGCCGGAUCCUCGGCAUGCGGCUGGAGAUGAGCGUCAAGCCCGCCACGACCACCGAUGAUGGGAUCAUACAGGUAACCGAAGGGAGCGAAAUCCUCCUCAGGUUCUACGGGCUGCAGAUCAGAAAUGACACCUGGAAGCAGAUUAAGUUCGUGGGUCAGGACGAGGACACAGGCUCUGACUCCAACAGGACUUGUUCUCCCUUCACCAAAGACAUCUUCAUCGAGGAGGGUAUGAAUGUCAGCAGUCAGGGCACCUCUGGAGUGCUGAAGGUAAAAAUUAAAACACUUAGGAAAAGUGAGUCCAAGAGUGAUUAUUGGCUGUGCGUCAGAGACAGCCAAGAUGGGAAGUGGUACCCGCUUGGAGAACAUGAUGGAUGGUUGAGCGUGGUGGAGGAGAAGAAGUCGCUGCUUCCCAUUUGGCUCCAAGUAAUCUUGAUAGCCUGCCUCCUGGUGCUCUCAGGUAUGUUCAGUGGUCUGAACUUGGGGCUCAUGGCUUUGGAUCCCAUGGAGCUGCGAAUCGUGCAGAGUUGUGGCACUGAUAAAGAAAAGAAGUACGCACGCAAGAUCGAACCCAUACGGAGGAAAGGAAACUACCUGUUGUGCUCACUUCUCCUUGGAAACGUGUUGGUCAACACCACGCUGACCAUCCUUCUGGAUGAUCUCAUCGGCUCAGGUCUGGGUGCUGUAGUGGCGUCAACCAUCGGUAUAGUCAUCUUCGGAGAGAUCGUUCCUCAGGCGCUCUGCUCUCGCCAUGGCUUGGCGGUGGGUGCCAACACCAUCCACAUCACUAAGUUCUUCAUGCUUCUGACCUUUCCGCUGUCCUUCCCUAUCAGCAAACUCUUGGAUUGCGUGCUAGGCCAGGAGAUCGGCACCGUGUACAACAGAGAGAAGUUGGUGGGGAUGCUUAAGGUGACGGAGCCGUACAAUGACCUGGUGAAAGAGGAGAUGAACAUGAUCCAGGGAGCUCUGGAGUUGAGGACUAAGACGGUGGAGGACAUCAUGACUCCACUCAGCAACUGCUUCAUGAUCAACAGCGACACUGUCCUGGACUUCAACACCAUGUCGGAAAUCAUGGAGAGCGGAUACACUCGCAUUCCCGUUUAUGAGGAUGAACGGACCAAUAUCGUGGACAUCCUCUUUGUGAAGGACCUGGCGUUUGUGGAUCCAGAUGAUUGCACUACGUUGAAGACCAUCACUAAGUUCUACAACCAUCCGGUCCACUUUGUGUUUCACGACACCAAGUUGGAUUCCAUGCUGGAGGAGUUUAAAAAAGGUAAAUCGCACUUGGCGAUCGUUCAGAAAGUUAAUAAUGAAGGCGAGGGAGAUCCGUUCUAUGAGGUGCUGGGAUUGGUCACCCUGGAAGAUGUCAUUGAAGAGAUCAUCAAAUCAGAAAUCCUGGACGAGUCUGACCUCUACACUGAUAACCGCAACAGAAAGAAAGUGGCACACAAUAAAAACAAGCGAGACUUCUCUGCCUUCAAACAUGAGAGUGAGUCUAAAGUCAAGAUCUCUCCUCAGCUGCUGCUGGCCGCUCACCGCUUCCUUGCAACAGAGGUUAAUUUGUUCAGUCCAUCUCUGAUCUCAGAGAAAAUUCUUCUGCGUAUCCUUAAACACCCUGAUGUGAUCCAGGAGAUCAAGUUCAAUGAGAAUGAAAAGAAAUCGCCGCAUCACUACCUUUACCUGCGUGGGAAACCCGUGGACUACUUCAUCCUCAUACUACAGGGCCGUGUGGAGGUGGAGGCUGGGAAUGAAAACAUGAAGUUCGAGACCGGACCUUUCUCUUUCUAUGGAGUCAUGGCUCUCAGUGCUCCAACAUUAGAAUUCCGAUCACCCUCUCACAUCAGCGGACUCAACCGAUCUGCGUCUCUGAACUACACAGAUCACCCUGAACCUCAGUCCGUCAGCGGCAGCAACACGCAGCUCAGCAGCGCUCCAUUGCCGCAGUACACACCAGACUUCAAUGUCCGAGCUCUGGCGGACCUACAGUUUGUGAAGAUCACACGCUCUCAGUAUCAGAACGGUCUGAUGGCGUCUCGGUUGGACAGCUCGCCCCAGUCUCCAGACAGCGGACACGGCCGCGUGGAUAACAGCACAUCAUCCGUUCACCAUCCCUCGUCGGAAAACAUUCUCACGCUUACGGAUGCCCCCGAUGAGACGACCUCACUCCUCAAUGAACAGAACAGCCAAUCUGCACUCCAGGCCAAUCACAGCACACAUAACGAGAGUGCCAUUUGACACACUUGCACACAAUUCAACGAUGUCCCUCACACCCACUGGACAUUAAGCACCUUUUCCCAUACAGUUUUAUCAGACACUAGCCAUUCCAUUUCCCGGUAUAUCCGUGUGGGUCAAUGAUGAGCAAUAGUUUGCUGAGACAUUGUGUAACACAUUGUGCAAGACGAAGGCACAGAGAAGCCAAAGUGUAUCUGGACUGAAAAAGGCCCCUGUUUCCAAUAGUCUCUUUGGGGAGUUUUAUAGACUGUGAUAAUAGAGACAUUUCUAUAUACAUGAAGAUGUUUAUUUUGUCAUUUUUCUAUUGAAGUUGCUCAGAAACUGGCUGAAUGCGAGUGAGGGAAACUGCAGAUGCCUUUUUAUUUAGUGUUAGUCAAUAGCUCUAUCAUUUGUACCAAAUUCCGUAUAUAUAUAUAUAUAUAUAUAUAUAUAUAUAUAUAUAUAUAUAUAUAUAUAUAUAUAUAUAUAUAUAUAUAUAUAUGUAUGUAUGUGUGUGAGUGAAAAUGAAAGUGAGUUUGUGAUAGAGAUAUAUACGUGCCAGUGUGUGUUAUAUACGACAACGCAUGAGUCCGAUUUGGCCGUUGCAGCCCAAGCAAGCAACAACUCAGGGAGACGCUGAGCUUCACAUAGUAAUUGCAUGUUCGAUAAUUCCCUAUUGAUUUACGUGAACCCAUGCGACAAGUGAUCAAAAAAAGUGAAGCAUGCUGUCGUCAAAUGCACCAAACAGUGAAACACAAAGAUAAAAUGCAUCUCAUCCACAUGGCAUCCACAUGUAAUUUUUAUGUUUGAUAUUUCUGCUGGUUGUCUGUGGAGAUUUGUUAAUGUGAUUUAGUGUUUGUGUAUGUGUAAAAUUGUCCUUUUAAAAAUAUUGCAUUGACUUUUUUACUCCAAAGAGAACAAGCAUUUGUCAUUGUAGUACAACUGUAAAUGGAGUCACUUUUCAGCACAAGACAUUUGUGUGAUUAAAGCUCUCGAACUGUAUCUGUUGCUCCCAUUGGACCAGAGGUAAUCUAACCAAAAGAAUUUAACACUUUGCUGUAUUUAUUUAGCAUUCAAUUGAGGUUGUAUUUUUUUUUAAAUGAUUUUCUUUUUUCUUUCUUUUUUUAAUUAUUAUUAUUUUUUGUGAGUUCUUAACAUUGCUGUGCGUUUUAUAUGCAGGUUGCAUGGUUGACAUGGUACAAACUACAAAUUGUAGAUGCCUAAAACUAGGAGAUGGCAGGUUCAGGAAGUGACUUCAUAAAAUGUACUGUUUCUUUGCCUUUUUUGCCAUUGUGCAAAUCUUUUGCUUUCAUACCAAAUAUGUUCCAAACUGAUAAGAACAAUCAAAGUGUAAAGUGUCUCAGACAGGUUGCUUGGAAGAUAUGCCUAGUCAAAUGGACGCAAAGCCUCCUCUAUUCUGUAGCAUCUCUCGAUUGAUAAAAAGGGGUACAAUAACUGCACUGUGUAUUUCUAUUUUUGGCUGUUGACAGCUGCUCAGUUUUUUUAGACACUCCCUGUUCGUUUGAACUGUUAAUCAAAAAUGAUUUCCUAUCUUUCUCAAAUUAGUCACAAAAUACAUUAUGAAUUCACACCUUUUUUUUUUUUUGUCUUCAAAGGAAACUUGAUUCUUUUUAUACUGUAUUUUUCCAAGUUAUUUUGUGGUUUGGGAAAGGUCUUCUUUUAGAUGAUCUGAGUUUGGCUAUUAAAUUAUUUAUUUAAUCAGUGUAA